AUGGGACUGGAUCGUGUUGAGGAUGGCACAGCGGCGACGGCGAUCCGCAACAGUUUUGCGAUGCUCAUUGAGGGAAAAGCCACAGGCCCGCUGGUCGUCAAAAUACUUCGCAGUUUUGUGCAGGAUGACCUUCACAAAGAAGCGCUCUCCUUCCUCCUUUUACGUCUCAAAAAUGCGCUUGAGGAAAAAGAAGACACCUUGCGAAGUUUUAUCCAGAGGCGGGUCACUGAGCAGGGCGGGCGCGUGGUUGGAUGGAUGAUCGGCCCCUCCGUUGCCCAAAAAGUCAUCACUUCACUUUACAAUGAACUGCAAAGAAUCGAUCCGUCCGACCCUGAAGUCCGUGAAAAUGUGACGGAAUGGCUGAGGAAGGAAAUAGAUCUUCUGGAGAGGGAUCCUGAGCGUCGGGCAAAGGUUGAAACAGCUCUCACUCAGAUUUUGCGCCACGACAGUAUUCUCGCCUGGAGCGGUCAGAUCUGGCGGCGUCUUAGGACGCGCAUUGAACAGGACAGCCAUCAGGAUGAUGGCGUGACGGCCGGUUUUAUCGACGCAUCGCUGAUGAGCUUAUCCCGUUAUCUCCGGCAUGAUUAUGCGCUCGUCCAGAAAGUGGACGGCACGGUCUCGACGGCGUUUACGCGAAUGCUGCCAAAUAUCCGGGACCACCUCGCAAAUUACGUCACCGAUGUCAUGUCUAAAUGGGAUGGUGCGAGUUUGGCACAUCGUAUAGAGGAGCGUAUUGGCAAAGAUCUGCAGUAUAUUCGGAUCAAUGGCACGCUUGUCGGCUUUACGAUUGGCGCAAUUCUCGAGGCUGUGAGCCGGGCAUUUCACUUCCCAAUGGGCUGA